GCGAAAUUUUUAUAUGGAAAGCUGAAACGACAUACUCUGCAGUCCCGCCGUUGAUCACCCUAUCUUUCUCUACUGCACCUCCUCUUUUAUACUCUUUCCUCUGCACACACACACAAAUAGAGUGAGAAAGAGAGAGAGAAAUCACGGUUUCAAAAAAAAGAGAGAGACAUCAAGCAAAAUGCAGAAAGUGUGCAUAAAAAGUUUGGUGGAGAACGGCAGCGUAGAGAGCCGCCGCUACUACCUGGCGCGGCGGACUAUCAUGGAAAUGCUGAGCGACAGAGGCUACCAAGUGCCCGACAUGCACGCGGAACUCCGCCGCUCCCUCGCCGACUUCCGCGCCGAGUUCGGCAACCAUCCGGAGGCCGACCGCCUACGCAUCACCGCUCACCGUGCCUCUCAUCCUUCCAGAAAGAUUCUGGCCAUAUUCUGUGAAGGUUUUCAGACGAGAAAACAACAUGCCGUUGGUAUAUUGAGUCAGAUUGUGAACAAAGAAAUGCUGGAUAAGGUGAUACUAAUCGUGCAAAGCAAGAUGAAUUCCUAUGCUCAAAAGGUUUUGGACGAGUAUCCGGUGAAAGUGGAAACGUUUCUGAUUACUGAUUUGUUGGUUAACAUCUCAAAGCAUUUUCUGGAGCCGAAAUAUGAGAUUCUGUCUCUUGAGGAGAAGAAUAAGCUUUUGAAGCAAUAUGAGAUUGAAGAUAAACAGCUUCCUAUGAUGCUUGAAAGUGAUGCAAUUGCAAGGUACUAUGGUUUAGAGAAAGGGCAGGUGGUGAAGGUGUCUUAUGCUGAUGGCAUUCCUCAUUCUCUAGUAUCUUAUCGUUGCGUCGUCUGAUCCAAAAUCUCGCAUUUUGCAGUUGAUAAUUACUAGUACUAUGAAAUUUUAGUUGCAAACUAACAUUCGUCUCUAUUAACUAUAAUUUAUAAUAGAUGGGUUUUGAUGCUUGCUGUUGUCAACGGCUGUUUUGGUAUGUAAUUAUCGGCCAUAUACUGUUUGGGCUUCCACAUUACUUAGUAGUAUGGGCAAUUGUAUUUAUUGACUUGAUGAUCUUGUUGUUGC